AUGACUUCAACAUCUGUGAAACCCAACUUGUUGCCUCCUGGCUUGGUCUCCAAUCUACAAGAUGUGUUGAGCAAAAGGGCUGGUGGUGAAGAAGACAAAACUGCUGAAUCUACUGACCCUCCUUCUACUUCUGAAGCUGCUGAUACUGUGGAGGACCCUAAUGACAGUUCCAAGCCCAUUGUUUUGGUCACCAAUGGUGAUGGGAUUGAGUCCCCUGGCCUUACUUACCUCGUUGAAGCUCUGGUCCACCAAGGCCUUUACAAUGUCCAUGUCUGCGCUCCUCAAUCGGACAAAUCACUGUCAGGUCAUUCUGUGACCCUCCGGGAAACGGUUUCUGUGAGUUCUGCUGAGAUAAAGGGUGCCACAGCUUAUGAAGUUUCAGGGACUCCCGUGGAUUGUGUUUCAUUAGCAUUAUCUGGGGCUCUGUUUUCUUGGUCAAAGCCUUUGCUGGUAAUCAGUGGAAUCAAUCGGGGAUCAAGUUGCGGUCAUCAUAUGUUGUACUCGGGUGUUGUUGCUGGAGCCAGGGAAGCAUUAAUAAGUGGAAUACCAUCUUUGUCAAUAUCACUAAAUUGGAGGAAGGAUGAAAGUCAAGAAAAUGAUUUCAAAGAUGCAGUUGCUGUCUGUUUACCUUUGAUAAAUGCAGCUAUCAGGGAUAUUGAAAAGGGAAUUUUCCCCAAAAGUUGCUUCCUCGAUAUAGAGAUUCCAUCAUCUCCUUUAUCAAACAAGGGUUUUAAGUUGACCAAGCAAAGCAUGUGGAGAUCAACUCCUAGCUGGCAAGCCAUUUCUAGUCGGUAUCCUGCUGGACAUUUCAUGAACAGUCAACAAAGCCUUGGAAUUCAGCUUGCUCAGCUUGGUCGGGAUGCUUCUGCUGCCGGUGCAGCUCGUCGCGUGACGACACAGAAGAAGAACGUGGAGAUUGAAUCAACCGGAGCUGCAGGAAAAUCUGACUUUGAACGGGUGAAAAAAUACUUCCGACUAGAGUUUGUGGAUAAGGAGAAGGAAGAUACGGAUGAGGAUCUGGAUUUCAGAGCACUUGAAAGUGGAUUUGUCUCGGUAACGCCUCUCUCUCUUUCACCACAUCUUGAGUCAGAAACUCAAACAGCUGCCUCCAAUUGGAUCUCUUCUGCACUUGAAGAGCAAUAA